UCUAUGUCACCUUUUCAACUUUCCAAAUAUCAGAUUUGCUGUUUUGACUCUGAUCUUCGUUCGUGUAUUUAGUUUAUUUAUUACGGUUUAUGUUAUUUUUGCAUUUAUAUUGGCGGAACAUCAGAUUUUAUUUCUUUCACACUGAAUAGUAGUCAUGGGGGACAGCCAAGUGAAGCGAAUGGUUGAAGUUUUCCGCUGCUUCAUUUGUAUGAGUAAAGUCCGAGAUGCAAGACUUUGCCCACAUUGUUCGAAGCUAUGCUGCUAUCAAUGCAUUAGAAGAUGGUUAACUCAAGAAAGACAACAAUGCCCACAUUGCAGAGCGACACUACAAUUACAAGACAUGGUAAAUUGUCGAUGGGCUGAGGAAGUUACUCAACAACUUGAUACUAUGAGUUCGCCUUGUCCGAGAUCUGCCUCAUCAGUAGAAAUUGAGGAAGAAGUUAAGAAAGAUGUCUGUGAACUACAUCAUGAAAAGUUGAGUGUAUACUGCUGGACUUGCAAGCUUUGUAUCUGUCACCAAUGUGCUCUAUGGGCUGGAACUCAUGGUGGGCAUACUUUCAAACCACUUGGAGAUAUCUAUGACCAUCACGUGACAAAAAUAACAGAUGAAGAAUCAGCAAUUCGUAGACGAUUAAUGGAGCUCAUAUCUCUAAUACAGGAUGUAGAAAGGAAUGUGGAUAGUGUUCGGAACGCGAAAGAGGAAAGGGUUCGAGAAAUAAGGAACGCAGUUGAAAUGAUGAUUGCAAGGUUGGAUUCUCAGCAUCAGAGCAAAUUAAUGACAUUGAUGGGUCAGAAGAAUCAACUUUCACAGGAAACUGAAAUGUUGGAAAAUGUUCUACAAGAAGUUGAUCAUCAGAUGCAGACGAGCUCCAAGAGUGAACUCAUAUUAAGAUCUUCGGAAAUGUUGCAAAUGUUUAGUGCGAUUCACAAGAAACCAAUGGCGUCUUUCGUUACGGCUCCUGUCCCACCCGAUUUCAGUAGCGAACUCGUUCCAAAUUAUGAACUGAGUACUUUCACUUUGAUCAAGUUCAGUCAACUGAGGCAAAGAGCAGAUCCUGUCUACUCAAAUUCUCUAAAUAUAUCUGGGCUUAGCUGGAGAUUGAAGAUAUAUCCGGAUGGGAAUGGAGUUGUACGAGGCAAUUAUUUAUCUGUGUUUCUUGAACUUUCAUCUGGAAUUUCGGAGACUUCAAAAUACGAAUAUAGAAUUGAAAUGGUACAUCUUGCAUCUGGAGGGGAUCCCACGAAAAAUAUUGUCAGAGAAUUUGCAAGUGAAUUUGAUGUCGGAGAAUGCUGGGGAUAUAACAGAUUUUUUCGUCUCGACUUGCUGGCACAUGAAGGAUACUUGGAUCCGGUAUCUGAUUCACUUGUGUUAAAAUUCCAGGUUCGAGCGCCUACAUUUCAUCAGAAAAGUAGAGAUUUACAAUGGUAUACUUCACAACUUGAACAACAAGUGUCUCAAUACCAAGAUCAGAUUAAUAAUUUGAACCAACGACUUGUGAUUGAAAUGUCAAGACCAAACAGAAACAAUGCUUCAAUGCUGACCUCUCAUCAGUCACAGAACGAUCAACCUGGCACAAAAGUCAAUGAAAAUGCCAAUACAAACAGUUUAGAUUGUUCACAUGAACAUGAUGUUGCUUCUGUUACAAAUCAAGACCAAGACGUCAAUAAUGAAGAUGGAGAUUUAAACCAUGAUGCUUUGGAAAGAAGUCCAAUUGUCAACAUACCUAUACACAACUUAGAUGACGAAGGUGUUGAGGCAGCAGGAAACGCUGAUAUAGAAGAAGUAAACAGUGAUAGAGUUGCUACAGACCUUUCCGAAGGUGAACUUCUUGAUAACGAUGAUGAAACAAGCGAUGAUUUUACUUCGGCAUCAAGUGAAACAACUAUUGAUCCAGAUCUAGAAUCUUGCCUCAAUGAUGAUGAAGAUGUUGCAGCUGGAACUUCUUCUGCAUCCUUAUCAAUAAAUAUUCCUGGAUCCAACGUUGUUGUUUCAUAUGAAGAAAAUGAUGUGGAUGAGGAGACCAUGUCUGGUGACAAUGACAUUGAAAUCUCAGUUUCUCGUAAAGUAUCUGAAAGACUGGAGAGAGAACAGGAACUUUCACGUCAUGAACAUGAUGAAAAUAGAACAAUUCGUUCUCCGCGGUCAAGAAAUAGUCACGGUCGAGGUAGUGGAAUACAUUUUGAUAAAUAUCAUCGUUAUACAAUGCCUGUGAGAUCUGGGAAAAGUCUUGGAUUUCCAAUUAAAAGAGCUUCAAAGCAUGGUUACCUUGGAAGAAUAGGAAAGAAUCAGAAAAAGGGAAGAUUUCAUUCACCUAAACCGUCGAACCCCAGUUCAAAAUUUUCUUCUGUAAACAGCCCCAGUUUUAGUCCCCACCCUCCAUCAAUUACUCGAUCACCUGUACAACGAUCACCUAGGAACAUAUCAAGUAAUAAUAACUACGCUAAAACUUGCCCGCUUGUAUUGUCUGGUCUUGAUGGUCCGGAUUUCUCGUCUCCAUUUCUACCUGACGUUGUUAGCGAAAAUAUGAAUUCUGGCUUCUUGGGUGCCACUGGUGGUGGUUUUUCAUCAACCAAUCGAAAUGAUGAACAUGUCAGCGCAUUGCUUCACUUCUUGAGUAUUGAACAAGAAAAUGGUUUGCAAUCAGGAGAAAGCACAAUAGGAUCCUCAACAUCCUCAUCUGGAAUCUCACUCCCUUUCUCUCUCCAGGAGAAAGAAACCUCCUCAUCUUCCUCCUCUUCUCUCGUACAAUCAGAAAUUUUAUCUCCAAGAAACAUUGAUUCUGAAAUUUCUGGCAAAUCUUUUCCGAAUAAAAAGUCUAUAUUUCCCUCAGCAAGGUUCGGUCACACUGAGGAUAGAGACAUAGCCUCGACUUCUAAAGAUACAAAAUCAGAAAACACAAUUAAAAAAUCUGUAGAAGAAUGGGCAAAUUGGUCACCAAAAAGUUCAGUUUUUAAAGAUUUGAAGUACCAAUUGAAGGAAUUGGCAAAUACAAUGGCUCAGGCAAACAGUCACAUUCAUUCUUCAUCUGCGGAUGAUACUAACACCACACAAUCUACUGAUAACUGUCCAUCAUCAUCAAGAAACUCUGAUAUUGCUACUGGAGACACAAAUGACUUGGUAUCAACAAGCCAGGAUACUCAAACUUCAAAUUCUGAUGAACCAAAUCCAGAUUUUCAAACAACUUCAACGUCUUUGUCAGAGCCUAAUACAAACUCUAUUGGCAACAAUGGUGGGGCUCGUCGUAAAACCAUUCGCCCCCGACCAGCAGAAUCAAAUCAACACAGUGUGGAAAUGCCAAGUUUAAGUGCUGGGAAUAGUCCAUACACUCUUGCCGGUGGGUUCUUGAGAGAGAGGAAAUGCCGGUCUCAUGAAGGUUCUCCAAGUAUGAACAGAAAGCAUUAUCAUCAUUAUUCUAAAUCUGCAUCAAAUCCGAGAAAACCGAUCAUAACUGCUGCUCAACUUGAAUCCGUUCUUUCGUCAAUGUCUGCGCUAACUGGCAUAUCUUCAAGAAAGAAGGGAGACAUAAAACCAGGAAAAAGAAUGUCAGAAUCAAUGUCCUUCAAUGAUGAUCCUUUUACGAGACUUACCAGCAAUAAUGCUCAAACAAAUCGCAUAUCCUUGUCCAACAUGAAAAAUUCCACGAAGAAAAAAUCUAUUUCAAAUGAAAUACUCGAAGAACAUCCACUCUUGAAUGACUCAACUGUAGCAGGAGGAAUUGAGGAAUUUCCUCUCUGUGAUUUAGCAAAUGUUGGAAUGAGAAAUGAUAAAAAAGAAUCUCCCGAAACAUCAAGCAAAUCUCCAACAACAUUGCCAAUUAUGAAGACCGAAAUUAAAACUGGAUUUUCACAGCAGCCUGAAGUUGACAUUGGUGAGUCUUCGAAUUUCCUCGAUGGCAUAAAACCAUAUAGCAGUAUCAAAUACUCUCCAACAAAAAAAUCAAGUGGAUUUUCUUUUCCUUCUUCCACUGUUAAUAACACUCAACUGCUGAUGUCUUCAGACAAUGAAGAUGAAGACAACAAUACAAUAAAUAUAGAAUCUCCAGCUCACGAAAACGAACGCCCAGAUAAUGGAGAUAGAAGCAAUGAAUGAUAUUAUUGCUUGAUCUUCGUGAAAUAUUCUACCGAAUUAUAACAAUAACGAAAACAAUUUGUCAUUUUUAUAUAGAACAACAUGGAGUAUACACAUACAUUUUAUAAGAGACCACGAAAUUACUAUAAUUAUUGCAUUAUAUACAUAUUAUAUAAUAGCUUAUACUAAAAAAAGGAUGUUAAAUAGAUAAUAAUCCUUUUUACACAACCAUCUCAGUAGACGCAGCAGCCAUUCCUUACAUCACAUUCGACUAUUUUUGAAACGUUCAAGUGUCUUUUAUUCGAUUAGAAUUUGUCAUCAAAAUAUAUUACGGUACAUAUUACCAUUUAUUCAAAAUUUGAAAAAAGAAAUUUUGCAUAUGUGCCAUUAGAUGUCAACAUUCUUAGACAAUUGCUAUUUUUAUUAUUUAUUUUUGCCAUAUAAUUUUAUUUUUCCUAUUUUUGUAUUUUCCCUAUAAGCAACAUUAGUUUGUUUCAUUUAUUGAUUACCACCUGUCCAGCACAGCACUGUAAUGAUGCUUUAAAAAUCGCAUUGUUAAAAUUUAUAAAAUUGUGUAUACUGUAUCUGGUUAUUGUCUCUUAACAAUCUGAUACUGUGAAUGGCUUAACAACUGUGGAUUUUGUUUGGUGCUGCUACAAUUAAAAAUUUUAUUAUUUGUGCAGACUUA